AUGGCCCGCUGGAUCCCGACCAAGAGGCAGAAGUACGGGGUUGGUGAGUGCUCGCCCCACCCCGCCCGCCUGCCGAGAAGUUCGCGGGAGCGGCCCUGCCUUGCGCAAAGUUGGGCGGCGGACGCCGGGCCACUGGGUACCCGCGCUGCCCGGCACCGGGUCCGGCUCCCGCUGCCCUCGCCGGCGCAGUCAAAGCUCAGCUCCCGCGGAGGCAGUUCCCGGUUGGGGACGUCCCUCCAGGUUUGGGGAAUCCGAGUGGCUAAAAGUGCACUCGGGCUCCGGGACUGUAGACUGGAAUUAAAGAGCAAAAGAAAAAAUCCACUUGGCCUUUGGGGACAUCAUUGCAUUAAAUCCAGGGCAAAGAUCAAAGCGAUCUAUAACUACAAUGCCUCUCAAGAUGUGGAGCUGUCCUUGCAGAUUGGAGACACGGUUCACAUCCUGGAGAUGUAUGAGGGUUGGUAUUACCAGGCCCAGAAGAAGACGAGAAAGGGGAUUUUCCCUGAAACGUACAUCCAUUUGAAGGAGGCAACCGUGGAAGACCGAGGGCAGCACGAGACCGUGAUUCCUGGGGAGCUCCCGCUGGUGCAGGAGCUCACGUCGACGCUGCGAGAAUGGGCUGUCAUCUGGCGGAAGCUCUAUGUGGACAACAAGACCAUACUCUUCCACCAGCUGCAGCAGAUGACGUACAGCCUGAUCGAGUGGCGGUCCCAGAUCCUGUCUGGAACCCUCCCCAAGGACGAACUGGCAGAGCUCAAGAAAAAGGUCACAGCCAAAAUUGAUCAUGGGAACAGAAUGCUUGGGUUAGAUCUGGUCGUGAGAGAUGACAACGGGAACAUUUUGGACCCAGAUGAAACCAGCACCAUUGCCCUUUUCAAGGCCCAUGAAAUGGCCUCAAAAAGGAUUGAGGAAAAGAUCCAAGAAGAGAAGUCAGUUCUUCAGAACCUGGACUUGCGGGGCCAGUCUGUCUUCAGUGCCGUCCACACCUACGGCCUCUAUGUGAACUUCAAGAACUUUGUCUGCAACAUUGGGGAAGACGCCGAGUUGUUCAUGGCCCUCUAUGACCCGGACCAGUCCACCUUUAUCAGUGAGAAUUACCUAAUUCGUUGGGGCAGUAAUGGGAUGCCCAAGGAAAUCGAGAAGCUUAAUAACCUUCAAGCGGUUUUUACUGACCUCAGUAGCACAGACCUCAUCCGGCCCCGCAUCAGCCUCGUGUGCCAGAUUGUCCGGGUGGGCCACAUGGAGCUGAAGGAGGGCAAAAAGCACACGUGUGGGCUCCGAAGACCGUUUGGAGUAGCAGUGAUGGAUAUUACUGAUAUCAUCCAUGGGAAGGUGGAUGAUGAAGAAAAGCAGCAUUUUAUUCCCUUUCAGCAAAUUGCAAUGGAAACCUAUAUCCGGCAGAGACAGCUAAUCAUGUCGCCCCUGAUAACAUCCCAUGUGAUUGGGGAGAAUGAGCCACUCACUUCAGUCUUGAAUAAAGUGAUAGCAGCGAAGGAAGUGAAUCACAAAGGACAAGGACUUUGGGUAUCUUUGAAGCUUUUGCCAGGUGACCUCUCGCAGGUUCAGAAGAAUUUUUCACACCUGGUGGAUAGAUCAACUGCAAUCGCCCGAAAAAUGGGCUUUCCUGAAAUAAUACUUCCAGGGGACGUGCGGAAUGAUAUUUAUGUCACUUUGAUCCACGGGGAGUUUGACAAAGGGAAAAAGAAGACGCCAAAGAACGUGGAGGUGACCAUGUCUGUGUACGAUGAGGAGGGCAAGCUCCUGGAGAAAGCAAUUCAUCCUGGUGCUGGAUAUGAAGGCAUUUCAGAGUACAAAUCAGUAGUCUAUUACCAAGUCAAGCAGCCCUGUUGGUAUGAGACUGUCAAGGUAUCCAUCGCUAUAGAAGAGGUUACUCGCUGCCAUAUAAGAUUUACCUUCCGACACAGGUCAUCUCAGGAAUCCAGAGAUAAAUCAGAGCGAGCCUUUGGCGUGGCCUUCGUGAAACUGAUGAACCCGGACGGUACCACUCUGCAGGAUGGGAGGCAUGAUCUGGUGGUUUAUAAGGGUGACAACAAGAAAAUGGAAGAUGCUAAGUUCUAUCUGACCCUGCCAGGAACUAAGGUAGAGAUGGAAGAAAAAGAGCUCCAAGCGUCCAAAACCCUGGCCAACUUUACCCCAAGCAAGGAUAGCACAAAAGACAGCUUUCAGAUCGCCACCCUCAUUUGCUCCACAAAACUCACCCAGAAUGUUGACCUGUUGGGACUGUUAAAUUGGCGUUCGAACUCCCAGAACAUUAAACACAACUUAAAGAAGUUAAUGGAAGUGGAUGGAGGCGAGAUUGUUAAGUUUUUGCAAGAUACACUAGAUGCACUUUUUAACAUAAUGAUGGAAAUGUCAGACAAUGAAACCUAUGACUUCCUUGUGUUUGAUGCACUGGUAUUUAUUAUCUCACUGAUAGGAGACAUCAAGUUCCAGCAUUUUAAUCCUGUCCUUGAAACCUACAUCUACAAGCACUUCAGUGCCACUCUGGCAUAUGUGAAACUCUCCAAGGUACUGAACUUUUAUGUGGCUAAUGCAGAUGACUCCAGCAAGACAGAAUUGCUUUUCGCUGCUUUGAAAGCCCUGAAGUACUUGUUUCGAUUCAUCAUCCAAUCUAGAGUACUCUACUUGAGAUUUUAUGGCCAAAGCGAAGAUGGAGAUGAAUUUAAUAAUUCAAUCCGCCAGUUAUUUCUUGCUUUCAAUAUGCUAAUGGACAGGCCCCUGGAGGAAGCUGUCAAGAUCAAGGGGGCAGCUCUGAAGUACCUUCCUAGCAUCAUUAACGACGUCAAACUUGUGUUUGAUCCCGUGGAGCUCAGCGUGCUCUUCUGCAAGUUCAUUCAAAGCAUCCCUGACAACCAGUUAGUUCGCCAGAAACUGAACUGCAUGACCAAGAUAGUGGAGAGCAAUCUUUUCUGGCAGUCCGAGUGCAGAGAGGUGCUGCUGCCGCUGCUGAUAGACCAGCUCAGCGGCCAGUUAGAUGACAACUCCAGCAAGCCCGACCAUGAGGCCAGCUCGCAGCUCCUGAGCAACAUCCUGGAAGUGCUGGACAGGAAGGAUGUGGGCCCCACGGCGAUGCACAUCCAGCUGAUAAUGGAACGGCUGCUGAGAAGGAUUAACCGGACCGUGAUUGGGAUGAGCCGACAAUCUCCCCAUAUUGGGAGCUUUGUGGCGUGUAUGAUUGCGACCCUGCGGCAGAUGGAUGACAGUCACUAUGGCCACUACAUCAGCACUUUCAAGACCAGACAAGACCUCGUUGAUUUCCUCAUGGAGACUUUCAUCAUGUUUAAGGAUCUGAUUGGAAAGAAUGUCUAUGCCAAAGACUGGAUGGUCAUGAAUAUGACACAGAGCAGAGUUUUCCUCCGUGCGAUAAAUCAGUUUACUGAGGUUCUCACAAAGUUCUUUAUGGAUCAGACAAGCUUUGAACUUCAGCUCUGGAACAAUUACUUCCAUUUGGCAGUAGCAUUUCUCACCCACGAGUCCCUUCAGCUUGAAAACUUCUCUCAAGCCAAGCGCAACAAAAUUGUCAAAAAGUAAGUGCCCUCUUAA